AUGCUCAGUGAGUGCUGUGGCGGAGGUGGCGAGCCUUUGCCGGACGUCAAGCCAGGAGACGGACCCAAGUUCAAGGUGAUCAUGCUGGGCGACUAUGGCUGCGGCAAGACCUGCCUCUUGAGCCGCUUCACAGAGAACACGUUCCCCGAAGAGCACGUCUCGCGCCACAUGCAAACGGCGGUGGUAUCUGCCGAUGUGACCGUGGGCCGGGAGUCCGUGCGACUCAUCCUUUGGGACACGGGAGGUCAGGAAAAGUUUCGAUGCCUGACCACAUCCUACUAUCGCGAUGCCAUGGCCGCGCCACAUCACAUUCACGCAAUUGUGAUCCACAACAUAACCCACCAGAUGCUGGUGUACGACAUCACCAACCGAGAAAGCUUCGAGAACAUUCAACACUGGCGACAGCAGAUCGCCCUCUACGCGUCAACGAUUGACAUCAUCCUCCUGAUCGGGACCAAAAUCUUCCGCGACUCGUGCUUCCUGCAGGUGGAUGCCGCCGCGGAGGAGCGACGGGUGACGCCCGAGGAGGGGCAGGCCCUAGCCGAGACCAUGCGAGCACAGUUCGCCGAGACCAGCAGCAAGGAGGGGACCAACACGGGCGUGUGCCUGGCCUGGGUGGCAGCCAAGUGCCUCAACAAGUUUCGCGAAUGA